CCUUUGAUUCAUUAAACUCCUUGCUGAAGGGCAUUGACAGAUCAACGCUGUUUUUUAUUGUCGAUUCUGAUUUUGAUAUUAAAAAGAAAAGAAAGAUGAUCGUCAGUAAAACCCAUUGUCAUGCAUCACAUGUCCUAAGGGUGAACGGUGACAAAUCAAUAAUUUAUGAUAAAUGCUACUUGAAAUUAGAGAAGACAAUUCACAAUAUCACAUUCUUUUUGAAAGCCAAACCUACAACAAGACAAAUCAGCGGAUUUGUCAAACAACUGGAAGAAAGAAAAGAGAAACUUCUUGCCAGGAAAUGCCUUGUACACUCAAAACUUUCAAAAAAGUGUGUGAAAAAGAUUAAAGCUGUAAGAAAAUAUGGAGUCGUUGGAUACAGGCUUUGUGAUGGAAUUUUACAUAUUUUCUCUUGUAAUCAGAAUUCAAGUCACAAAAACAAACUCAAAAAAGCAAUAGGAAUGCAUUUUGAGGGGAAGAUAGAAGUUCAGGCUAUAAAAGAAUCGUUAAAUCCACAGUGUUUGAUCAAAUGUGGUGGUGAAAUUAUAAAUGAAGAAAAAAAGAUUCAAGGGAGCUUAGGAAUGUUUGGAGAAAUUUCAAGUCAACAAAAUCAUGUUGAGUCUUUUUCAAACGUUGUUGCCAUUACAUCUGGUCAUCUUUUCAAAGAAGGGGAUCUUGCAAAAGUCCAGCAUCUCGAGCAAAGGAUUGGCCGCUGCAUUUGGCCGAAUGAAAAUAUGUAUGAAAUGGGAAGAUCAGUUGAUAACGUGCAUGAUGUGUCCGUUAUAUCAAUACAUAAUUCAGUACUGGGGUUAUCACUAAAAACCAUUGAAGGGUUGAACGAAAAGGUUCUUGUUUAUGGACAACCUCUUUCAACACUGACCGACAGGAUGGUAUUUAAGUAUGGCGCGACUACAUCAAAAACGGAGGGAUUCGUCCAGAAAGUUAGCGACUUUGAAUUAUUUGAUGGCGAGGUUAUGGUUAUACUACCGCAUGUUGCUUUUGAAAGAUUUUCCAACAAAGGGGACAGCGGUUCUAUUGUUUUGACGAGAGUUGGGGACAGUUUGUACGCAGUUGGUAUCAUAUAUGGUGGGGAGUUUAGGCUUCUGAACGCAGAAUGUUUCAGUGCAAAAAAUGAGACAAUCGCAGCUAGCCUCCGAGUGGCUCUUGGUCGUUUUACCAAGGCAACUAAGAAGUAUAUUACAUUCGACACAAUAUAGCGUGUCUUGAGAGUAUUAUCAACAUUUCAAUUCCUCAGUUGUAUCCAUAUUGAACUAUUCGUUUACCAAAUAACAUGUUACUAUCUACAGACCUGAUUAAUAUGCCGAAACCACAGAGUAAAAGAACUGUAUCUUGGCAACUCAUCAAAUAAAAAAGCUUGACUUUUCUGUGAACGAUAUUUUAAAGGAAUGUAAGGGGUAUAUAAACCAUCAGUACAGUUAAUUUAGAAACAAUAUGAAACUGUACAAACGUGAGUUAAUUCUUGUCAGAAUUACAUUUUAAAACGCCUCAUUUAAGUAAGCCCUGCAAAAUUUUACUAUCUUUUGAAACUCUCAUUGUUUUAUUUUUUUUUUUAAUCUUGGAUCUGCAGAUUAUUGAAAACGUAAAUGUUUUUAAAAAUAAUCUGUUUAUCAUAAAUGCCACAAAUUAAAAAUAAGACACAAAGUGCUUUUCAUUGACAACACUUGUCUUCCGGAUUUGUAACAGUCUCCUAAGAGGACCGUCCUAUUGUGUUGUUAAAACUUGAGACGUAAGGGUCUUCUCCUUAUCAAAAAUUCUACAUAUACGCAUAAAAAAUUUCUUAAAGAAUACUUUUUAACGUAUGUACUAAACAUUGAUCACUCUUUUUGUAUGUGUGGUAUAUAUAUAUAUAAAGAAAUAUGGAAUCUAAAAACUGAUUUCAGAUUGAUUGCAUUCUUCAAUGUACAUUCAUAAAUGUAGAAAAAUUCUAUAGUUUAACUUUUUCCAAAUAGUUUUUUAUGUUCUUGAUGUAGAACUUAUAAAUGUACAACGUGACUUUUAGGAAAUCAAUGUUCCCUUUUUACAGUGGUAAAUAUUUUGCGACAGAGGAUGCCUUCUCUUUCUAUGCACCUGAUCCCAUCUCUAGAAUCUCCAGGGGUCACUGCUUAUGCCCUGGUUAGUGAUGUUUAUUGUUUAUAGUUCUUUUGAGAUCGAUCAGUGUUGAUCUAUUUUACAACUUUUCAAUGCAGCAAUGUUCACCAUUACUUUAUAUACCUACACAGUAUUAUUAUUACUUGAUUCUUACUAUGUAAAGCAUUUUUAUUCAAUUUUACCCUAUAGAUUUAU